CAAAACAUUCCUGACGUCAUGUAUUCCUGUGACAGGCUUCACGUUUAAUCUCAGAGCCAGAAAGGUCUGUUAAAUUAGCAGAAGCUUUAUUUAUAAUUGUAUAGUAAUUAUUUUUAUGUAUAGUCUAAUCUGUAUUUGACAGUUUUGUUUUGUCUCAUAUUAUGCUAGUUUUUUAUUUUAAUUUGUUGGUGGCAUGCAUGUCUAAUGACUUAUUUGUCAGUCUUGCAGAAUCUAAAUCUCGGACAAAGCAAAUCAGUUGUGACUAGAUAAGAUAAGAUAAAAUGAAACACCAUUUCUUUACUUAAUUAAGGCAAUGUAUGUUGAAUUCCACCAUCUCCUACCGAUUUUUUUUUUUUUUAUGUACUUCCCUUCAGGUUCAGAAACAAAUAUGCAGCCUGCUUCACAUCUAACUGCUUCAGUAUGAUGCUUCAUUCGACGUUGUCUAGCUGGUUUAUAUAAACAGUUAUGGAGUCUCAGACGGGCAAAGGCAGUUCGUCAAAUAGAGGCAGUUCCAGAAGACUCUCAGUGACAAAGAAAAAGAGCCAGAAAGUCAGUGCAAUCAAAGAGAGAACAAGCAAUGGAGGUGGGGUUGCUUCCAUAACUUCAUUUUUCAGGAAUACACCACCGUGUAAACUGGCAUGUCCUCUGUGUGGCAGACUUGUGCCUCGUUACAAGAUUAAUGAACAUAUAGACUCUCAAUGUCAGAAGUUUCUUGGAGAGGAUCAUGAAGAUGCACUGACUGUCAGAGACGACCUGCAGGAGAAAAUAACCAAAACACCCUUUAAUGGUGCAUCUCGAAAUGAUGGAAUAGAGAAAAUCCCAGGAGAGAAAGAUGCUGAUACAAGUCCGUAUUUUAAAAAGAACUGUGUGAUGAGGCGUGAUUCACCUGAAACAAAUUUACAAGGUAAACCCUUUAAAACGGUUGGUCUUGGAAGUUUGUCCUCUAAACUGUCUAGAAGAGCACUUAGACUUUCAGGUGAAUCUGAGAUGGAUGAUACUCGUGCCUCUGGAAAAGAAGAGACCCAUGAUGCAGAACUGAGCAGUUCACAGAAGGAAAAUUGCACGAGGAGUUUAAUUUUUGAAUCUAAAGCCAGUGGCAUGGAUACAGAUAAUACAUUCCCUACAGAGCCAGCGGCUUCAAACCAACCUCCAGUGAAAAACAUGGAGAAAUCUGUGGCAGAAUCAAGCAGCAGCGCUGACAUUCAGUCAGUGAAAUCGUCAUCCUCAUCCAGGGCCCUAAAGCGUAAAUCAGACGAUUUGUCUAAAAAGGACACAAACACUACAGUAACCUCUGCUGUACAGAAGAAAAGUAGAUAUUUUCAAAGUAAAACUGAAAACAGACAUGAAACGAAUGUCAAGUCAGAUCCAACGGAGGCCUCAUCUGAUGUUGUUCCAUUAUCAGAGAGUCAAAUCAAAAGCAAGGACACUGAGAGGAAGCCCGAUGCCCCACCAGCCAAUGUAUCCGAAGCACUUGGCGUAGAGAAAGUCAGCGAGGGAUCAGAGCAUCCGCACACCAGACUGCCGUAUUACCUGCAGAACUUUCGGACUGUCCUCGAGGCGGUGUUGGAGAAUGAGGAUGAUAGGAUGCUCUUCAAUGAGGAAGACUUCUCAAUCAUUCACACUUUUCAGAAGCUCUCAGUACCUGGUCAGAUGCUUUAUGUCCGUCUGUUUCAAAGGAAGCUGAAAUGGCUUCAGGUCAGUAAGUUGGAAUACACCGAGAUCAGCUCAGACCUCAGACCUGUCAUUCGAGAGCUGGUUGCAUGUGGCUUCUUACAAACAGAAUCCGAGCUUCACGACAUCCAAGAGGUUUUGGAUCUGCUGCCUGCACCGGAGCUCAGAAACCUGGCCAAAACCUUUCACCUUGGCCGUGGAGGGAAUGGGACUCAGAAACAGCAGUUGGUGGAAGGGCUCCUUCAGCUGGGGAAACAGCGAUCCUUCUUUGUCGGUCAAAACAACACGGCUGCAGUCAUUCUCAAGAGGGCCAAGCUGGCUGCAGGUUCCUGUGUGCGUCUGUGCCGCAGGUCACGUGCCGUGUUCUCCCGGGUCCUGCUCCUGUUCUCCCUCACAGACACUUUGGAGGAGGAGGAGAUGGCCGCUGGAGGUCAGGGGCAGCUCUACACCAUUCUGCUUGUCAAUUCUGGCCGCCUAGCUUUCCCAGAAUACACAGUAAAUCGCUCAACCAGGCUGUUUGAAGACAGGGAUGACCUCAUCAGGUAUGAAACGGCGAUGCGUGCGCUGCAGGAAGUGAUUGCUGCAAUGCAGACAGGCAGCUGGGAGGACGCCCAUGUCCUCUAUGUCACAGCAAAAGCCACCUGGCAGGAGAUGAAAGACUCCUGUGACCUGAGUCAUCAAGAACAACUGCCUGUUUUUCUGCGGUGUUUCACCGUGGGCUGGACCUAUACUCGGAUACUGUCUCGAGGAGUCGAGAUCUUACAAAGACUUCGCCGCUAUGAGGACGCUGUGGAGGAGCUCAGGAUUCUUCUGUCCCAGUCAGUGUAUUGUGUGGACAGUAGGGGGCGCUGGUGGGACAGACUUGCUCUCAAUCUCCAGCAACAUCUUAAAAAACAUGAGCAGGCCAUUUGUGCUAUCCGGGAUGGACUGAAUGACCCUCUGGUCCGAACAGGCCACAAAUUGUCACUUCACCAGCGAGCUUGCCGAAUGAAGCAUUCGGCUAGCUUGAAGAAGUACCGUCUGCUGCUCCGAGAUCUGCCCACUGUGCACGUACAGGAUGUCACUCAUGUGACAAUUCGAGGCCAGCUCUUUCCUCAUGAGGGUGGUAUGGGGAAAUCAGUGUUCCUCAGAGCGGCCAAAGAGGAUGAAGGCUCCACAGAGGGUCGAGGGACUAUGGUCAUGUGUUCUGUUGAGGAACUGGCUCUGGAGCACUACAGAACACUUGGUUUUGAUCAAGGUAUUCAUGGAGAAGGCUCUACAUUUUCCACCCUUUUUGGACUCCUCAUGUGGGACAUCAUCUUUAUCGAUGGGGUUCCUGAUGUCUUCCGAAACCCCUACCAGACUUGUCCUCUGGAUUUGCACACUGAUUGUUUCUACGGUAACCGGCGGGAAAGCAUCGAGGCGCGUGCUGAGAUGUUGCGCGAGGCGUCUGCCGAGACGCUCCAGGAGCUGCUCGCUGAUGUGUGGGACACACAGGAGGGGAGAGUGUGUGUGCUGAUAAACUGGGAGCGCUUCUCCUCUCUUCAGCAGGCACAGAGUCUAGUGGCAUGUCUGGGUGGCCACUUCCUGAGCGGUGUGGUCCUCAGAAUGGCAAAAGACUACAGGCAUUGUAGAGGAGGACUUCCAGAUCUAGUAGUCUGGAGCACAUCCAACAAGAAGUACAAGCUGGUGGAAGUGAAGGGUCCUAAUGACCGUCUGUCCCAGAAGCAACAGAUCUGGCUGGAUGAGCUGCAAAAGCUUGGGGCUGAUGUAGAAGUUUGUCAUGUCACUGCCAUUGGAGCACGAGGGGCUCGACGGGAGUGAGGCUGCUGUCACACUGAGAGUGAAGAUUCAUGCAUGCUUGCAUGUCUCAUCAAGCACGCAGAGUAAGAAAUGUUUGAAAAACACAGGAUGGAUUUAAUGAUGGUAUUAAAACCUCUGCUUGGUCCUAGUUAAGUCAAGUCACCUUUAUAUAGCGCUUUUAACAGUACAGAUUGUCAAAGCAACUGAACAGCAUUAAUUAGGAAAAUAGUGUGUCAGUAAUACAAAACGACAAUAGUAAACACUUAUUUUUCAGUUAAAGGCAAUUCAUCAUUGAAUUCAGUGAUGUCAUCAUCCAGCUCAGUUCAGUUUAAAUAGUAUCUGUGCAAACAAGUCAACGAUAUCACUGUGAAUGAAGUGUCCCCAACUGAGCAAGCCAGAGGCGACAGCGGCAAGGAACUCCAUCCAGAAUGGAGAAAAAACCUUGGGAGAAACCAGGCUCAGUUGGGGGACCAGUUCUCCUCUGGCCAGACCAAACUAGCAGUUCAAUUCCAUGCUGUAGCAAAGUCAGAUUGUGCAGAAGAAUCAUCUAUUUCCUGUGAUCUUGUCCCGGUGGCCAUCUGAGACUAGCUCUUUACAGGGGAUCUGGUGCUCAUCUAGUUGUCCUGGCCUCCACUGUCUUUCAGGGCUGUAGAGGUCCUCUAGGUGCUGAUCCACCACCUUGUCUGGCCAGGUUAAAGAGAUGGGUCUUUAAUCUAGAUUUAAACUACAAGAGUGUCUGCUUCACAAACAAUGUUAGGUAGGUUAUUCCAGAGUUUAGGCGCUAAAUAGGAAAAGGAUCUUCCACCUGCAGUUGAUUUUAUUAUUCUAGGUAUUAUCAAAUUGCCAGUUUUGAGAAUGCAGUGGAUGUGGAGGACUAUAAUUUAAGAAGAGCUUGUUCAAAUACUGAGGUGCUAAACCAUUCAGGGCUUUUUCUUUAUAAGUAAUAAGCAUCAUAUUGAAAUCGAUAUGAUGAGGGAGCCAGUGCAGUGUUGACAGGACAGAGCUAAUAUGGUCAUACUUCCUGGUUCUAGUAAGAACUCUAGCUGCUGCAUUUUGAACCAGAUGGAGUUUGUUUAUUAAGCGUGCAGAACAACCACCCAAUAAAGCAUUACAAUAAUCUAACCUUGAGAUCAUGAAUGCAUGAAUUAACGUUUCUGCAUUUGACAUUGAGAGCAUAGAUCGUAAUUUAGAUAUAUUUUUAAGAUGGAAAAAUUCAGUUUUACAAAUGCUAGAAAUGUGGCUUUCUAUGGAAAGGUUGCUAUCAAAUAGUACACCUAGUUUCCUAACUGAUGAUGAAGAAUUGACAGAGCAGCCAUCAAGACUUAGACAGCAUUCUAGGUUAUUUCAUGCAGAGUUUUUAGGUCCUGUAAUUAACAACUGUUUUUUUUUAAAUUUAUCAGCAAGAAAUUACUCCUCAUCCAGGUUUUUAUAUCCACUAUGCAUUCCGCUAGUUUUUCCAAUUUCAAUUCAACAUCACUAAUCUGGUGAUGUAAGAGAAGAGUAUUAUUAUGCACUGUAAGGGAGUUCAAAAGUAUUUAUUCUCUCAAUCAGAAACAUAAAAUGAUUAAAUUACUUCAUGGCAUUGACUGAAUUUAUUCCUGUGCUAUUUGUGAAGUGGCAAUAUAUUUUAAUAACAGAUUCUUUUUAAAUUGUAUCAUUUCUGGACUAAGUAAUUUAAAUAUAUUAAAAACAUCAAAAUGUAAAAGUUUUUGUCUGUUUAUAUAAUGAUACAAAUGCUUAAAUAUUCAUGGAAAAUCUGUUAUUUUCUAAAAAAAUAAAAAUAAAAACUCAGCAUAAGCUCUUUCCAAGA